AAUAGUUAUAGCCAGGCAUUGAGAUGCGAUGCGAGUGCAACGUCCUCAUUGCAAGCACAGCUUCCCGUUUUCUUGGUGCAUUUAGUCGUCUGCAAACUCUUGAUUCGUAAAUCCCUAUCUUUCGUGUAUCAUGUGGAAAAUCAUAUUUGCUAUUCUAAUUAGUGUGUCUGCUACUUUGUGUAUGGUAAGAGGCGAAGAUACACCCGCAACGGUAGACGAAGGUGAUUACGGACGUAGAUGUAAUUGCCGAUGUGGAGAACGCAAUGAGGCCUCUCGCAUAAUCGGGGGUGUGGAGACAGCAGUCAACGAGUUCCCCUGGGUCACGCGGCUUUCUUACUUCAAUAAGUUCUAUUGCGGCGGCACCCUUGUAAACGAUAGAUAUGUGCUUACCGCCGCGCAUUGUGUUAAAAGUUUCAUGUGGUUCAUGAUCAAGGUGACCCUUGGCGAGCACGACCGGUGUAACAAGACCCAUCGCCCAUUAACCCGCUACGUGGUUCAGCUAGUGGCCCACAACUUCACUUACACUAACUUCAGAGAUGACAUCGCGGUGCUCAGAAUGCAUGACCGCGUGACCAUCACGGAUACUGUGAAGCCUGUCUGCUUGCCGGUGAACGAUGAUAAUAGCUACGAAGGAAUAAAGGCCAUAGCCGCUGGUUGGGGCUCCACUGCGGAACAAAAAAACCAUUCCUGCGUCUUACAAGAUGUCGAACUACCAGUACUUAGCAACGAGCAGUGCAAAAAGACGAAAUACGAGCCUUCCAUGAUUGGUGUAGGUAUGCUGUGUGCUGGAUAUCCCGAAAUAGGUCAAAAGGAUACUUGUCAGGGGGAUAGUGGAGGAGCUCUGUCAGCCGAACGGAAGGAUAAGCGGUAUGAGUUAUUAGGAGUGGUGUCAUGGGGAAUAGGCUGCGGUAGAGCUGGAUAUCCGGGAGUCUACACUAGAGUUACUAAAUAUUUGCCUUGGAUACGAAAGAAUGCUCAACUAGGCUGUUUUUGUGCUAAUAAUUAACGAUAUCGAUUCUUAAAUGCCUAAUAUGCCUGCUUAGUGUUAUUUAUUUAAAAUUUAAUAAGGUGUUAUUCAUGAGUUUGGUGGUUACUUAAGCACAGAGAUAAGAAAUUGCUAAGAUUUGGAUUAUAAAUUAUUAUAAAUGGCAUUUUGUUAUUCU